CUGACUCUUUCCCAGAUGGAACUCAGUGCUGCCAAUCACCGAAUACCCCUCAAUGAUGGGAACAGCAUUCCUAUUAUUGGACUCGGUACCUACUCAGAUCCUAAAUCAACCCCUGCAGGGUCCUGCCUGACAGCAGUGAAGCUGGCUCUUGAUUUAGGGUACCGGCAUAUUGAUGGGGCCUACAUCUAUGGUAAUGAACAUGAAGUAGGCCAGGCCUUCAAGGAGAAGAUAGGAGAAGGAAAGCUGCAGAGAGAGGAUAUUUUCUACUGUGGAAAGUUGUGGUGUACAUAUUUCGAGCCAGAGAUGGUUCGUCCAUACCUGGAAAGGACACUCAAAUGUCUCCAGUUAGAUUAUGUGGAUCUUUAUAUCAUUGAACUACCCAUGGCUUUUAAGCCUGGAGAAAAUUUCUAUCCUAAAGAUGAAAAUGGCCAAUGGUUAUUUCACCAGACUGAUCUCUGUGCCACUUGGGAGGCGUUAGAAGCGUGCAAAGAUGCUGGCUUGGUGAAAUCCCUGGGAGUCUCCAAUUUUAACCGCCGACAGCUGGAACUCAUCCUUAACAAGCCGGGACUCAAAUAUAAGCCCGUCAGCAACCAGGUGGAAUGUCAUCCAUAUUUCACUCAGCCCAAACUCCUGAAGUUCUGCCGACAGCAUGACAUUGUCAUUGUUGCAUAUAGUCCUUUGGGAACUUCUAGGGAUCCAAGCUGGGUGAAUGUUUCUUCUCCACCUCUGUUAGAGGAUGCACUUCUAGUCUCCUUGGGGAAAAAGUACAAUAAGACAGUAGCCCAGAUCAUUCUGCGUUUUAACAUUCAGCGAGGAGUGGUUGUCAUUCCUAAAAGUUUUCACCCUGAAAGGAUCAAAGAAAACUUCCAGAUCUUUGACUUUUCGCUCAGUGAAGAAGACAUGAAGAGAAUUGAAGCGUUAAACAAAAAUGUCCGCUUUGUGGAAAUGCUCAUGUGGCAAGAUCAUCCUGAAUACCCAUUUAAAGAGGAAUACUAGCCUUAGAGAACUACUCUGACAACUACUCAGGGAACUCCUGGAUCUCCCUCUCACCGAUGCAGCACAAGGGGUGAGGUUAUGCCCCUGAACUGGGAAGACUGUCUUCUAAUGAGAUGGUGAUGGAAACAGACUUAAUUUUGUAUUGUAUGUGACUUUGAUUUCGCCACGCUUUUAAUGAAAUGUAUUUUAUUAACAUUAGUUUAUUAACUAUUUAAUAUACUUCGCCUGUGACUAUCUAUAAGUUAUCUAUAGUUUUUCUCCCUCUCGGAGAGCCCAGCAAGCUACCAAGAGUAUCCUACCCACAAGGCAGAGCCUGGUAAGCUCCCCGUGGCAUAUUCAAUAUAUGCCAAAUAUAUUAACAGCAAGUCUCACAACGGAGACCUUACUGGUGCCUGCUCGAGCAAAUUGAUAAACAAUGGGAUGACAGUGCUACAGUGCAGUGCUAUCUGUAGUUUACCAGAUGAUAUUUUAUGAGCUCAAUGUCUUCUGAGUUAUAGGCAGAAAACCAUCAGACUUUAGAAAAGACUUCUCAGGCAACAUUUAAAGCGCAUGACUCAUGAAUCUGCGUACUGGCUAUGUCAUCCACUUUACUUAGCAGUUAACGGGACAACAAAGAGAUGGGGCGUCAGUGGGCACAGGGCCUGGACAGUUUGAAUAUAGACUCUAUUACAGAUGCAGCGGCAAUGAAGACACACCCUUCCAUUUUUAACAAGCAAGUUGUUUGUUCUACCUUGAGUAGAGAGACUGUCUAGGAAAGUCAAAACGAAGCUAAUUAAACACCUCACUGGUCAACAAAGCUAUAAUGAUUUUGUUAUUUGUUGCCAUCUGACGUGUUUACCUUUUGCCCUUCUCGAGGGCUGGGUAAUUGAUGGUCUCUCAUGCAUCAAAGAGUCUGAGCUCCGGCAUAGCUGGUGAUUCAUAUGUCCGCUGCCUGCUUGUGCCCCAUUCAUCAUACGACUAUCAUUAAUGCAGAGUGGCUGGAGACAACCAGAACAGGCAAAGAAAAUGCUACAGCAUAAGCAUGACCAUUUUAAAGAUGAGAUUUAAACGGAGAUUUUAGAAAACACACGGGAAGCAGCUUAUUCAAACCAUGAUGCCUUAAAAUAUACCUUAAAAACAUAAUCGGGAUAACUGUAAAUUUUGAGAAAGUAUCAAGUGGAAAGAAUGCUAGAAAUUUUUACCUUACGUAAAAAUUUUCAGUGAAUAAGAUGAUAACUAGAAUUCUUUGACAGAGAUGUACCUAUUUUCAAUUAAAAAUAGGACAAUAUACUUGAUCCAUUCACACUAGAGCUCUCUCAUGGAGCAAGAAAAUGACUCAAAAUUAUAUGCCCAACACCAAUUGCUUUCAGAUAAUCUUCAAUGCCCUGAAAACACAUUUCUGAGAAAUUAUUAUAUAAGAAAAUAUUGUAUGUAUUGUUUUCACUGAUUUCAAUAUUACUACUUGUAAUGCUGUUCUCUGAAAAAUAUUUUGGUCACAAG